AUGACGACAACCUGCCCCUGCCCAGCCCAAAUCAAACACCUCGCCUCCACUCUCCCAACAAAAGGCCCCUUCGACUUCAGCUUCCUCCCCACCCUCCCUCAGCCCCUCGCCGACCUCUGCAGAUCCAUCGAGGCCUGCCAACACCCCUCCCACAAAUCCAACCCAGACCUGAGUCCCCCGCUGGUCGACCUCUCCGACGCGGUGCUCUCCCUCUGCCAUGCCGCCUGCACGACCUACCAUCUCCUCGAUGAUGAGCUAGGUUCCACCACCAGUAAUGGUAAUGGUAACGGUACCACUACCACUACCGCUACUUCUCCUCCUACACAAACAGGAAAUGCAAACCCCCCGUUGACAUGCACCAAGUCCCCCAUGUCGCUGGGCAAGCUCACCCUCCAGGCUGAGGAGGAGACCCUCCUCGCGCGACAGGUUGUCUACGCCGUGCUUGAGCGCCUGAGUACUCUCCUGCGCGGUGUGUAUGCUCGUGGCAAGAGCGCAGCAGGUGGUGGUCCGGCGAUUGGUGCUACUGCUACUGCUACUGUCGUGAUGGACUUGGACUUGGGCAUGGCCUUGGGGACGAGACAGGGCCUGUACGGUCGGGAGGGCGACGAACCUGUCAGUCAGUGCUUGUCUAGGGGGUUGGCGCUGUUGGGGAAAUUGUUUUCCGAGUGA